AUGAAGUUACUAGACCUUCCAACGGAGCUUCUGCUCCAAAUCUUCCGCUCCUGCAACUCCAUCUCCGACGUUCUGAAUCUCGCCUCUACCAACCAUCGACUUCGUUACGUCUUCACAUCUUCAUCCCGAAUCACUAUUCUCAUGAGCGUCGCGGAUGCAGAGUUUGGCCCGAUACAUGACAUCAUCCAGCUUCUCACUCAAAAUGCCAGCCAACCGGCGCAUAUCAUUCGUGCUGCCUCGCAGUCCGAUGCGUUGCUUCGACAGGUCGUUCGUAUUGGCCGUGUGGCGCAGAAAUGGGAAACCAUCUAUCCGCUUAAGAAAUGGAAAACAGAUUAUGCGAAUCGACGACUUCUGACGGAUGAAGAGAGAUUCCGUCUGCGGCGUGCGAUUUACCGGUUGUGGUUGUAUAAUCGUGCCUUUCAUACGAGUCAGUAUGAUCGCUUUUCGCGGCGUCUGCGGCAUGUGGUUGUCGAAAGGGCGCAAUUGCUACAUAACUGGUCGACGUCGGAGUUGGCGGAGAUCGAGGAUGUGCGAAUGGUGGUACAGGAUGUGGUGCAGAAUCAUAUCUGUCCCAGCAACGGCAGUAUUCAACGCAAGUUCCACAAACGUUAUCCCGAAAAUAUGAAUCCGCUAUCUUUCAAUAUUCACCUGAACUACCGCCCAGAACGAUCCAAUCUGUCCACGGGAUCUUACUUCAAUCUUCUAGAGGACAACAAUACCGUUUCAAGCCAUGACUCAUUGUUCCACAACCACUACAAAAGCAGUAACGCUUCAUCAUCAUUAUCCUCAGCAUGGGCAAGGUCAUUCUCCGCAUCAUCCACAUUCGCCCACAAGCUUCGAAGUGACUUCUACCACGAUCCUGGCCAAGAAGGUUGGGGCGACGAAAUUCCGCAUUACUAUGUAGUGCAGGAUAUGCUCAAACUCGACCCUGGAGAAGUGCUUUGGCUGCGAGAUCAUGCUCCCUUGAAGGAGGAUGUGGAGUCCUAUGUGCAUUCACUGGGUGACUGGUUUAGGAAUAAUGGGGAGACUUUCGUGGAUACUUUGUUGUGGGUUAUGAAUGAGCGUGGAGAGGAUGCGGAGGGGUUAAAGAUAGCUGUUGAGGAUUGUGAGAUGGGUAUUGCGACAUAG